AUGGCCAGCUCCGACGGCCACCAUACGAUGCAGAUCCGGGGCAAGAGGACCAAGACCGUUGUCAGCCUCGAUGAUCUCCCCCAGGGGCUCGUCCGCGCAGGCUCAGGCUCCCUGCCUGCCAGCCCUCCCGACGAGCAGGAGGCCCCAGCUGCUGCUACUCCAUCCUACCCGACCGUGGUGCUACAGGCGCGCCGCAACAUGCAGAGAUUUGACAACUGCGUGCUGUUGACACGUGUCGGUGGGUUCUACGAGCUGUACUUUGAGCAUGCGGACGAAUACGGCCCGCUCCUGAACCUCAAGGUCGCCCAGAAGAAGACGGCUGCCGGCCCUGUGCCAAUGGCCGGGUUUCCAUUCUUCCAGCUAGACCGAUUCCUCAAGAUCUUGGUCCAGGACUUGAAUCGAUAUGUGGCCGUCGCUGAGGAGUUCCCAAAUACCGCUCCAGACCAGGCGAAGUCGGGUGGUUUGAUGCACGAUCGUAGGGUCGCCCGCAUCAUCACCCCUGGCACUCUCAUCGACGAGCAGUUCAUGGAUCCUUAUGCCAAUAACUACGUCAUGGCCAUUCACCUGCCUGGGGAGCAUGUCUCUGGAGCUUCGGCACCUGCGGCUCUUGAAACAAUGUCUCCCGACGCGGGCCCAGGUGUUUUGUCUGCUGAUGCUCCCGGAAAUGCCCACAUCCACAUUGGGCUGGCGUGGUUGGACCUGUCGACAGGCCACUUCUUCACCCAGGCCGCCACCCUGCCUUUGCUAGGCUCCAUGCUCUCGCGUAUAUGCCCGAGAGAGGUCGUGUUGGAUGAAGGCUUCCAAUCACGCACGGGUCAUGCUAUUUUCUCGAUCCUCGAAGAGGAGAGACAGCUCAUCACAUAUGCUCCCCAGGGCGAGCUGGUGGCCCUUUCUGACUGGGCACCAAUGCUUGAGUCCGAAAUACCACCCCACACUCUGGAGUCGUUCACAGAUGGUGAGAUCAAAGCGGGUGGCUUGUUGCUCCACUACGUCAAGGAUCGCCUGCAGGGCAUCAGCAUGAAGCUUCAGCCCCCGUUACGUCACGAGACCAUGCAGGUGAUGAACAUCGACAGGAACAGCAUGCGGUCACUUGAGAUCAAGCAGACCAUACGGGACGGUGCGUUCCGUGGCAGCCUGCUUCACGCAAUCAGGCGGACGGUCACAAAGAGCGGUGCCAGGCUUCUUAAUGAGUGGCUCAGCGCCCCCUCGACGUCCUUGGAGGUCAUUAGAUUUCGUCAAGACCUUGUAGCUUGCUUUAUUGCCGACGAGACACUCCGAGAAGGUAUCACUCUAUUAUUACGAAGAAGCCAUGACUCCCAGAGGCUUGUCCAGAAGUUUGCGCUCGGUAGGGGAGAUGCCGAUGAUCUCCUUGACCUCGCGAGCACAAUUAAAGCUACGGAAGACAUUAUCUCUAUGCUCCUGGGAGCUGUUUCUACUACUGAUAUUGAAUCGGCCGCAGCGAAAGAAUCUCUAAAAGUCAUGACAGACCGGAUAGACCUUGAAAGCCCCUGCAAGCUGGCCCGUCGCAUCCGCGAGGCGAUAGACGAGGAGGGGAUCGUGCAGCAGCACCAGAUCGAAGAUAGUGAGGCCGGGAACAUGAUUGCCCUGGCCCAAGAAAUUGUGGACAAUGAAGGUUCGGCUGAAGACUCAACACUACUCCCGAAGUCGGCCAAAAAGCGCAAGCCUGUCUCUCUUCAAAAUUACUACGGCGAGGACAACGAAGUCUGGGUCAUGAAGCCAGACGCCAGCCGGCAUCUCAAGAAACUCCAUUCCCAACUCGACACCCUCCUCGACGAAAAGGAAAGCCUCACGACAAGCCUGCGCGAACGCCUCAGCGCGCAGUCGCUCACGCUGAAGUGGACCCCUGGCCUCGGCCACAUUUGUCACAUCAAGGGGAAGAAGGACCUGAAAUCAGCGUCGUCCGCCAUCGCUGACAUCCCCGGGCUGCUGGGCCGACAGACGCAGUCGUCGCGCUCCUUCCACCUGCCUGAGUGGACCGAGCUCGGCCGGCGGCUGGACCAGGCGCGGUUCCACAUCCGCGCCGAGGAGCAGCGCGUGUUCCAGGAGCUCAGGCAGCAGACGGUGCUCAACAUUGUCAAGCUACGGCGCAACGCCCUUGUUCUGGACGAGCUGGACAUCGCGACAUCGUUUGCGCGCCUGGCGGCCGAGCAGAACCUCGUCCGGCCGGUCUUGAACAGCGGCACCGGGCACGUCAUCGUCGGCGGUCGGCACCCCACUGUCGAGGGCGGGCUGCGGGAGGCGGGCAGGACGUUCGCGAGCAAUGACUGCUUCGUCGGGGCCGGCGGUGGCGGCAGCAGCAAGGGCUCCGGCCACCACGGCCGGGUCUGGCUCAUCACGGGGCCCAACAUGGCGGGCAAGUCCACCUUCCUCCGCCAGAACGCGCUCAUCACCAUCCUCGCGCAGAUAGGCUGCUACGUGCCGGCCUCGUACGCCGAGGUCGGCGUCGUGGACGCCAUGUUCAGCCGCGUGGGGUCGGCCGACAACCUCUACGGGGACCAGAGCACCUUCAUGGUGGAGAUGCUCGAGACGGCGACCAUACUCCGGCAGGCGACGCCGCGGUCCUUUGUGAUCAUGGACGAGAUCGGCAGGGGCACGACGCCCGAGGACGGGUGCGCCGUGGCCUUCGCGUGCCUACACCACCUCGUGCACGUCAACAAGUGCAGGGCACUGUUCGCGACGCACUUCCACGGCGUCGCGGACCUGGUGGCCGAGCAUGCGAUGCGUGUCGAGGACGGCAGGGACAAGGGCGCGGUGGAGAUGUACUGCACGGAUGUGGCGGAGGAUGAGCAGGGAGGGUUUGUCUACAUCCACAAGCUACGGAAGGGUGUCAACCGCCAGAGCCAUGCGCUCAAGGUCGCACGGCUGGCGGGUCUGCCGGAGGCGGCUCUACAGACGGCGAGGGAGAUACUCAUACCUCAGCAGGGGAGGGCGCCUGAGAAUUAUCGCGUCACGUCGAGCAUGUGGAACCAUCUGUAA